AUGAGUUUUAAUAAGCUUGUUUUGAUUAGUUUGCUGAUUUUCCUCCCAAAUGUCCUAAGUGACGUAAUACCACUAACAUCAGCAAAUAUUUCCCAAUAUCUUCAAAAUCAUGUUACUUUUGUUAAAUUCUAUGCAAAUUGGUGUCCCCAUUGUAAAAAAUUUGAACCAACAUGGAAACAUUUUAGUGAAGCGAAACAAAAUAAUGAUCUUCAAAUAGCAGAGGUUGAUUGCUCAGAAGAACCUCUUUUAUGUUCCGAUCAUGAUGUAUUCGGUUAUCCAACUAUCAAAUUAUUUGUACAUGGAAGUGGUGCACGAUAUGAAGGACCACGUCAUGUUGACUCUCUUGAAGCAUUUUAUCGAGAAAAAAUUGCUGAAGAUGCUAAUUUUGAAGAUAGUGUUGCAACUAAAACUGCUGUCUCAGAAUUAACUUCAGACAAUUUUGUUCAAAGAAUUUCAAAAAACUUUGCAUUCGUUGUUUUUUAUGCUCCAUGGUGUAAACAUUGUAAAGUUUUAAAGCCUAUUUUUCAAGAAUUAGCACAACAAAUGAUUAAUACAGAAGGAUUACUUUUUGCAACGGUUGAUUGUACAACUCAAAAAAAUCUUUGUGCUGAACAUGCUAUUAGAGGUUAUCCAUCAUUAAUUUGGUUUCACAACGGUGUUGAAAAAGAUCGUUAUAUCGAAGCACGUCAAUUAGAAAAAAUGCGAAAUUAUAUUGAACAAAAUAUGAAAGUUGCUGAACAAUUAACUACACAAGCACCACCCAUUGUAGAUCAAUCCGAAGAAAUAAUCGAACCAUCAUCUACAGAUACUACUGUUCUUAAUGCAAAAACAUUUACACAAGGAGUUAGUUUUGAAGGUUAUGCAUUUAUUAAUUUUGGUGCUCCAUGGUGUUCACAUUGUCAAAAAUUAGCACCUAUUUGGAAACAACUUGCACAAAGAUUUGCUCAUUAUGAAGAAAUACGUAUUGCUCGUGUUGAUUGUACAGCAAGUGAAAAUUUAUGUCGAGAUUAUGGAAUUCGUGCUUUUCCAAGUUUGAUUUUAUUUCGUUAUGGAGAAUCAAAGGUUGAAUAUAAUGGUGCAAGAGAUUACGAAUCAUUAAUUAAUUUUCUUAUCAGUCAAUUAGAAUUUUUUGGUGAUGAAUAUAUAUUAAAACAAGAAAAUGAGAUUAAAAAUGAAUAA